CAUAUCUGACGUCAUGACGCUCGACGUUCUCUGUCUCGUGGGAGGCACCGGUUUGACCUAGACAGCGGCCGGAGGAGAAGAUGGCAGCGGCGGGCAGGCUCUCCUUGAAGGUGCGUUCCUUCAGCACAAGCGUCUCCAGACCUGUCGCCAAGUUGAUGAGGCCGCCCAUCCAGGUGUUUGGUCUGGAAGGCCGCUACGCCACCGCCCUCUACUCUGCCGCCUCCAAGGAGAAGAAACUGGAUCAGGUGGAGAAGGAGCUGAACAGAGUCUCUACUCUUAUUAAGGAACCCCAGUUAUCCAUUGUUAUCGCAAACCCCCACAUCAAGCGCGCCCUGAAGCAGAAGACUAUCUCCGACAUCCUGACUAAAGAGAAGUUUUCCCCAAUCACCUUAAACUUUGUCAAUUUGCUGGCUGAGAAUGGACGUUUGCGCUACACUGCAGAAGUGAUUGGCGCCUUUGCUAAAAUGAUGAGCGCUCACCGCGGCGAGGUGUUGUGUUCUGUCACCACGGCCUCCCCGCUGGACGAAGCAAGCUUGACAGAAUUGAAGACCGCCCUCAAUGGUUUCCUUGCAAAGGGAGAAUCAUUGAAACUGGAGACCAAGACUGACCCCUCACUCUUGGGAGGAAUGGUUGUCGGCAUUGGGGACAAAUACAUUGACAUGUCCACAAAAACCAAGAUCCAGAAGUUGACCAAGGUCAUGAAGGACACCGUGUAAAGAAACCUCUCCGCUGAAUAGUUUGUCCGAUUUACCCGUAACAAAAUAAAUAAUUUUACUGAGUGUAA